AUGACAGUCAACCUCCCAAUCUCCCUCCCACCUCCUUCACUCUGUCCCAAACUCCUUCCUCACUUGAUAUCCCAACUAUCUCACUCCGCUCCUUCAUCGUCCACCCUUUCUGCUCUACGAUCGAUUCUCCAUAUCAUCGCUUCCAUCACUCUAUCUUCACCCUCGUCAGGCAACAUCCCUCAAGCAAAAUCUACUAUCCCUCUACAGCAUUUACUAGAAUUAUCAACUUCUCAUCCUGGUUUGAUCAAAGCUUCACUCUUGUUAGAUGCCAUCAUAGCAUAUCCAUUAUAUCUCACAACAAUCAACGAGAUUUUGACAAACGCUUUCGAUUCGAACGGAGAUUUAGUCGAAGUUUUUAGAAUAGAUAUUAUACCUUCUCUCAUCAACAGGCUUAACCAAGGUAAUGCCAAUAACAAUGGGAAUAAGAGUAUUGAUGAUAUUUCAAAAUCGACAAAGAUAUUAUUAUCGAUCAUUCGGUCUCACGAUGAAUUGCUGGCUUUGGUAUUGGAAGAUUCGGAAAAUGUCAUCAAAUCAUUAUCCAAAGCUUAUUCUACCAUACCGACUACCAGCUCAAAUGCAGGAGUGAGGGUGAAAUCGGAUAUACUGAUGAUCUGUAAAGAACUUUUGGAUAGCGUUCCAUCAGGACAUGACACGGUGGAAGAGACUAUGAUUGCUUUCAUGGGUGAAAUGUCUGGAUUCAAGGGAGAGGGAGAGGUGAUGGGAGUUGGAUCGAGGUUGAGAGAUGAUUGGGAAGCUUUAUUUGAACGAGAUGAAGAAGGUCUUUCCAAAGAGGUGAAAGAGGUUUUGAUGAAAGAGAGGGAUGAGAGAGCAAAGGAAGAUAGAAGAGUCCAACAUCUCCUACAACUCUUCCCCACUCUCCCACCGCAUCUACUUCUAUCAGCACUUUCACAUCCCUCUAUCUCAUCUUUGCCAGAGGGAUCUCGAGCAACACCUUCCGAUCAAGCUUCGCCCAUUGUUGAAAUUAUCUUCAACACAGGUGAAGGCUUGCCUGACGAUUUGAAGGAAUUGAAAUUGGCCAUCCAAUUUUUAUCUCAAGGUGAUAGUAUACCUGAAUCAUCGACACUCGAAGUCAAUGUGAAUGGUACCAGUCAAGGUGAUAAGAAGGGUAAGGUGGAAAGAAGGAAUAUAUUCGAUGAUGAAGAAUUGGAUUUGAGCAAAUUGAAGCUGAAAGAUGAUGAUUCGUCAUUACCUACCCUAUCCAAUACUAUUCCCGACACAUUACGAGCGUCCAUUAUGCGAUUAGUAGAAAACCAAGCUGUAGAAGAAGAGGAACGAAGACAGGCACUCAAAGAUGCUAAUCUGCUUGACGAUGAGGAUGAUUAUGAGGAAGGUGAUGAUGGUGUGAUCAGUAGGAUCAAAGUUACAGGCGGUGAUGAUGAAGAGGAUGAGAUUAGUGAAGAGGAUGGCGUAAAGAUCUCACGUGAACCUUCUGGAACUACUACGCCCUCAUCCGGCCCCUUCGAUAGACAACGCCUUGAUAUACUUCGGACGGCUUACAUAAAUAACCAAAGGGUAUUCGAGCGAGAUGGAGUUACGAGAAGAUCGAGUGAGCGAAAGAAAUUGAGAGAGAUGACUGGUUGGGAUGAUGGUCAGAUCGAAGGUUGGAGAAUCAUGUUGGAAAGAGAUCCUCAUAAAGAUGAUAUACUAUCUGCUCAUAGUGAGAGGAUGUCGAGGAACAGACAGAGCUCGCCACCACGAGAUAACCCACAACAGGGAUCAUCGAGAGGGGGUCAUGGUAAUAGAGGUGGAAGAGGUGGAGGUAGAGGCGGAAGCGGAGGAGGUCAAAGAGGUGGUAGAGGAGGAAGUAAGUCCAGCAGAGGUCAUUCGAAUGCUGCUAGAACUAGAGGACAUGAUAAGAAGAUGAGUAAGAUGGGUGCUAUAUAG